UCACAACAGCAUACUGAAGGUCAACUGAUUUCAUUAAAGGAAUGGAAUAUAUCUUGGGUGUAUUUAUGGUGUUUCACGGUUCUCAUGUGAGGUGCUAAUCAGUUAGAAACAAAGGCUUGUCUUCAGAGGUGUUGGAAGCUGCUCACAGCUUUAGCUGUUACCUUUUCUCACCGUUACUUCAGGAAUGGAUUUGAAGCUACUAUAUGUAGCACAGUGUGGAUCUGAACAACUUGUAUCUUCACUGGCCCUUAUAAUUCCAAGAUGAGAGAGCAUACACAGUUGCAUCAAAUGGACAUCACUAUUUAUAUGCUUUCAGUUUUGGGAACUUGUUUUCUGCUCUCCUGAUUUAGUAGUGGUUUAUGGGAUAUUCUGGGUUUUACCGCUGAAUACUUGCUUGGUGUACUGCAGAGGAGACAUGGCCCGAAACUCUCGCCGUGGUUCCAAGUACAAGGCAGACGCCAACCAUGAUGCUGAUUUUGGCUGCACGCUCCAAGAGCUUCGGUCACUCAUGGAACUCAGAGGCACCGAAGGAUUACAGAGAAUCCAAGAGUGUUAUGGAGACGUCCAAGGAAUCUGCUCCAGGUUAAAAUCUUCACCCACAGAUGGGCUGAGCAUAGAUGCCGAUGACCUUGCAAGAAGAAAAGAAGAAUUUGGAAAGAAUUUCAUACCUCCAAAAAAGCCCAAAACAUUCCUUCAGUUAGUGUGGGAAGCACUGCAGGAUGUGACACUAAUUAUUUUGGAAGUUGCAGCCAUGAUAUCCUUAGGCCUUUCCUUCUAUAGACCUCCAGAUGCUGAAAGAGAAAACUGUGGAAGAGCUGCCGGAGGAGUAGAGGAUGGCACCGAAGCAGAGGCAGGAUGGAUAGAGGGCGCUGCCAUCCUUUUAUCCGUCGUCUGCGUGGUCUUUGUCACUGCCUUUAAUGACUGGAGCAAAGAAAAGCAGUUUCGUGGCUUACAGAAUCGCAUUGAACAGGAGCAAAAGUUCACAGUGAUAAGAGGAGGCCAAGUCAUUCAGAUUCCUGUGACCGAAAUUGUUGUUGGUGACAUCGCUCAAGUAAAAUAUGGUGACCUUCUUCCUGCUGAUGGCAUUCUAAUCCAAGGAAAUGAUCUAAAAAUUGACGAAAGCUCUCUUACAGGAGAGUCGGACCAUGUCAAAAAGACACUGGACAAAGAUCCCAUUAUACUCUCAGGCACUCAUGUUAUGGAGGGAUCAGGACGUAUCUUGGUCACCGCAGUGGGCUUGAAUUCUCAGACUGGUAUCAUCUUCGCCCUCCUCGGUGCAGGAGAUGAUGAAGGAGUGGAUGAAAAGGAAAGGAAAAAAAAGAAGAAGGAGGAAAAGAAGAAAGAAAAAGAUAGGCAAAAGAAGGAGAGAAAAGAAAAGAAGGACCAAAAACACAACGAGCAAGAUGUAUCAGAAAAAUACAAUGAUAAAGAUGGAGUAAUUGCUGAAGGACAGCUUCUCAGCAGUGAGGAUGGGAGAGUGGUUGAGGAGAAAAAGAAAUCCAGUCUUCCAAAGAAAGAAAAAUCUGUACUUCAAGGGAAGCUUACCAAACUAGCUGUGCAAAUUGGAAAAGCAGGCCUUUUCAUGUCGGCCAUCACAGUAAUUAUCUUGGUGGUGCUCUUUUUGGUGGACACGUUCUGCAUUCAAGGGCUUCAAUGGGUUAAAGACUGCACUCCUGUCUACAUCCAGUUCUUUGUCAAGUUCUUCAUCAUUGGAGUCACUGUAUUGGUCGUUGCUGUGCCUGAGGGACUUCCUCUCGCUGUUACUAUCUCAUUAGCCUACUCUGUCAAAAAAAUGAUGAAAGAUAACAACUUGGUCAGACAUUUGGAUGCUUGUGAGACAAUGGGCAAUGCCACUGCCAUCUGCUCAGAUAAGACUGGCACAUUAACCAUGAACAGAAUGACAGUGGUGCAAGUAUAUGUGGGAGAUAGGCACUACAGGAAGGUGCCUGAACCUGAUCUCAUUGAAAGCAAGAUAUUGGAUCUGCUGGUCAUCGGCAUUAGUGUUAACUGUGCAUACACUACUAAGAUCAUGCCACCUGAGAAAGAAGGUGGACUACCUCGUCAGGUGGGGAACAAAACUGAAUGUGCCUUGCUGGGGUUUACACUUGACUUGGGCAAAGACUACCAAAUCAUCCGCAAAGAAUACCCAGAAGAGAGGCUUUUCAAAGUCUACACCUUCAACUCUGUGAGAAAAUCCAUGAGCACAGUGCUGAAAAAUUUUGAUGGAAGUUACCGGAUGUUCAGCAAAGGAGCCUCUGAAAUUCUUCUGAAGAAGUGUUGUAAAAUUUUAACAGCUAGUGGUGAUCCCAAAGUCUUCAAACCCAGAGAUCGAGACAACCUGCUGAAUAAUGUGAUUGAGCCCAUGGCUUUAGAGGGUUUGAGGACAAUCUGCCUGGCCUACAGGGACUUUCCUGCCUCAGAGGGGGAACCAGACUGGGACAAUGAGGCUGACAUCCUUACCAGCCUCACUUGCCUCUGUAUUGUGGGCAUUGAAGAUCCUGUUCGACCAGAGGUCCCUGAGGCCAUUAAGAAAUGUCAGCGAGCAGGAAUCACUGUACGUAUGGUCACCGGAGACAACAUUUACACUGCCCGUGCUAUUGCCAAUAAGUGUGGCAUCCUUCAUCCUGGAGAUGAUUUCCUGUGCCUUGAGGGCAAAGAAUUCAACAGGCGAAUACGCAAUGAACUAGGAGAGAUUGAACAAGAGCGUCUUGACAAGAUUUGGCCUAAACUGCGUGUACUGGCAAGAUCCUCUCCAACUGAUAAGCAUACAUUAGUAAAAGGUAUAAUCGAUAGUACUGCUGUAGAGCAAAGACAAGUAGUAGCUGUAACAGGAGAUGGAACAAAUGAUGGCCCUGCCUUGAAGAAAGCUGAUGUUGGCUUUGCAAUGGGCAUUGCUGGAACAGAUGUGGCCAAAGAGGCCUCAGACAUUAUCUUGACAGAUGACAACUUCACCAGCAUUGUGAAAGCUGUGAUGUGGGGGCGAAAUGUCUAUGACAGCAUCUCAAAGUUCCUGCAAUUUCAACUGACAGUCAAUGUAGUGGCUGUAAUCGUGGCAUUCACUGGCGCCUGUAUCACACAGGACUCUCCACUAAAAGCAGUCCAGAUGUUGUGGGUGAAUCUGAUCAUGGACACAUUUGCAUCACUGGCUCUGGCCACUGAGCCGCCUACUGAGGCUUUACUGCUGAGGAAACCCUAUGGUCGCAACAAGCCCCUCAUCUCAAGAACCAUGAUGAAAAAUAUUUUGGGUCAUGCUGUAUACCAACUCACUGUCAUCUUUACUUUGUUGUUUGCUGGUGAGAAGAUCUUUGAUAUUGACAGUGGCAGGAACGCUCCUUUACAUGCGCCUCCUUCAGAACACUACACGGUUGUCUUUAACACCUUUGUCAUGAUGCAACUCUUCAACGAGUUCAAUGCUCGCAAGAUCCAUGGCGAGAGGAAUGUGUUUGAUGGCAUUUUCAACAACCUGAUCUUCUGUUCUAUUGUUUUUGUCACAUUUGUUAUCCAGAUUGUAAUUGUGCAAUUUGGUGGCAAGCCCUUCAGCUGUGUUGGGCUUAGUAUUGAGCAGUGGCUCUGGUGUGUCUUUCUUGGCUUUGGAUGCCUUAUUUGGGGUCAGCUGAUAACCACCAUUCCCACAAGUCGGUUAAAGUUCUUGAAGACUGCUGGCCAUGGUACCCAGAAGGAGGAGAUCCCAGAGGAGGAACUGGAGGAGAUGGAGUCUUUGGAUGAGAUCGACCAUGCUGAGAUGGAACUAAGGAGAGGGCAGGUCCUCUGGUGCCGGGGCCUAAAUAGAAUCCAGACACAAAUUCGUGUGGUAAAUGCAUUCCGGGAAGCUUUGUCCCCUUAUGAAGGCUUGGAGACUCCAGAAUCGCGAAGCUCCAUUCACAACUUCAUGAACCACCCAGAGUUCCACAUUGAAGACUCCAAUCUGGCCAUCCCCCUAAUUGAUGAAACUGAGUCUGAGGAAGACAGACCAACAAAACCCAGUUUUGUACCAUCAGCCAUUCCUUCUGGGAUUUCUUCACCAGACCAGAACAAUUCUGCCAACAGCAGAACAUUUCCUCACUACAAGGACUUAACAAAGACUGCCAGUCCUCAUACCCCUGGUAGUCCCAUGCACAAUCUGGAGACAUCGCUGUGAUUACACUCAUGAUAAAAACCCUCCUAAGACCACAUCGAUACCAACCAUGCUAUGACCAUGUCAAAAAGAGCACAACUCAGAUGUCAGGUGAAUGUGAUUUCUUCAAUUAUGACGUUUCCCGUUUUUUCCCUUUGUUGUUGCUAAAAAAAAAUAUAUAUAAACAAACCACUGCCUGAUGUUAUAAGGGUGUGCCUAUUACUGUUCUCUUGAACAUUUGCCCCAGAUAUGUUGCAGCUAUGCAUUUCAGUUCAUAACAACCAGACAACAAACUUAUUCAGUGCAGAGUUAGACAGUAAUGUUCAUGUCUGGAAACUGAACAAUGUGUCUGCAUGGUAUAUUCAAUAAAUAAAUAAAUCAAUAAAUAGAGGAUGGGCGUGAGCCUAAUGUGAUUGGGUAAAAGAGAUUUUCAAAAACCAAAAAUGUGAUGUUGAAUGAAAUAUAUGAAGAAAUCGUGUUCACAGGGGUGGCAACUGGGUGUUCUCAUUGUGAAAAAGAGAUUUUGUCUGUGGGUCAAAUUGUGGGUCAAUUUAAAUUAAAAAUUUAAUUAAGCUUUUGAUCACUUUGUAAAUAUUUUCAUCCCAGAAGAUAUAUGUGAAAAUAAAAGAUUUAUGGUUUAUGCAUUUUCCUUCAGAUAAUUAUGCAGUGAUUGUCAUUGGAUUCAGAAUUUGACCACAAUUGCUUAUUUCCCUUGAGCAUUUUUUAUGAAACACUUUAUGAAUUUGUGGUUUAUAUUGUAAUUAAAAUGGUCUGUUUACAUGCUUUUCGAGACUGUCACCGUGCAUGAAAUUGGGAUUAGCUGUUAUAGAGUAGUCUGGAAUAAAUGAAAGGAAACAGUUGUCUGAUAUGCAAUUCAAGCACAAAAACUAUAAAAUGAAUCAAAACUUUGUACACUAUAGGUUAAUAAUAAACUGUUAUAUAAGUGUUUGUACAUCUAAA